AUGUCUUCCUCAAAAUCCAAACCCACGGCGCGCAUCUCCGCCCGGGCGCUGCCCUCGCCCGACGACUCGUCCGACUCGGAGCUCGAGCUCGAGCUCGACCCCGUCCAAGAACAAUCAGAUGCUGUUUCGCCCGACUCGCCUCUGCUUGCCCCCACCGUCACGCAGCCCCGAUGGCUGCAGCUGCAGCACCCGAAAUGGCUCCGCGCACACCGGAACGGCCGGUUCACUCGCUGGUGGCGCCGCAUCCUCGCCUCGCUGGCCGCCUUCCUACGGCCCCGGCGUUCAUGUCCAUCCUGUCCAUCCUGGCCGGUCGCCGCGCUCGUCGUCGUCGCCGCCUAUGCGCUGCUGUGCUUCGUGCGCGGCGUCCCGCUGCUGGCCUCGCCGCUGCCGCCGUACUCGGGCCCGUACGGUGUCGGCGCCGUGGAUGUCGAGGUUGCGCUGGACAAGCCGCGGCGCGUGUCCGAGACCGUCUUCAAGAGCACCGGCGAGCCGGCGUUUGAGCACCGCACGACGCUCUUCACCGUCUACUAUCCCGUCGACAAGAGCGUGAAAGAGCGCAGGAUGAGGCACGACUGGUUUGCGCGGCCGAUUGGCCUGACGGCGGCUGGAUAUGCAAAGUACGCGCACGUCAACAACUUCUUGAUGCGGCCGAUAUUCACAUUUGGGCUGUGGCUUGUGGCGGGCGGCAUCACAAUUCCUGCCAAGGUCGAUGCGCCAUUGCUAGGAACGACCGCUGCAGAAGCAGAAGUAGAGUGGUCAGACGGAGAGUUGCCAAAACUAGAGUUAAGAAAGAGAGACGAAGAGGAAGUUGAACAACUCCCCGUCAUGGUCUUCUCCCACGGCGAUGCCAGCUCGAGGAGGGACUACACCCACUACAUCGGCGAGCUCGCCAGCCGCGGCUACGUCGUCGCAGCAAUCGAGCAUCGCGACGGAAGCUGUCCCGGCACCCUCAUGAGAAUCAAGGGCGAACAGGACAAACAGCUCCUCCACUUCAAAGAAGCCGAGCUCCUCUCAGACCCUCCCAUGGACACCGAAAAGUACAAGCGCGAACAGCUCGCCUUCCGGGACGCCGAGAUCCUCGAAACCAUCAACAUCCUCCGCGCCAUCAACAACGGCCACGGCGACGACAUCUUCACUCGCAACUCCCGCUCCGAGGGCUCCCACCUCCACAGCUGGGCCAACCGCCUCGACUUUGGCAACCUCACCAUCGGCGGCCACUCCUUUGGCGCCACCGGCGCUCUCCAGGCCCUCAAGCACGCUCCCUCAGACGUCAAUCCUGCCAUUGGCGGCAUCAUCCUCGACCCAGGCAAGCAGAGCGGGCCCCUCAACGCCCUCAUCGACGUGCCCCUCCUCAUCGUCCACUCCAACUCCUGGUCCAAGCAGCGCAGCGUCUUCUACAACCGCCCGCACUUUGACACCGUCAAGGACCUCGCCCUCAGCGUGCUCAAGCGCAUUCCCAGCCACUCGUCCUGGUUCCUCACCAGCAUCGGCACUUCGCACCCCAGCGUCUCGGACGCUCCCCUGAUUGAACCCCUUCUGCUGAGCUGGACCACGGGGGCGAGUCUCAACGUGAAAGAGGCUUUGGGCGAGUACGUCCGCGUGACGGAUGACUUUUGGCACUUUCUGCGAACCACCCGUAGCGCCAACUCAUCUCUCACAGACGGCGUAGUGCACAGAGGCGAGAUGAAGGGCAUUCUGGCUGAAAAAGUCACCCACGAAGAGUACGAUGAUUGGGUGAGCAAAGAGCGCAAAGCGGAGUUUCCAAAAUCCCUAUCCAGGCUAUGGCAGGUUCACGUCAGUCCAGUGUCCGAUAAAGACGAGUAA